AUGGAGCAACGAGACAUGAAAACCGUGGUCGUGCUGGAUCGGAAUGCCGAUUUCGCGGAAGAAACCAACGAAACAUUCGAUAUCGCAAUCAGAGAAGGAGUAAAACAAAAAAAGCUGGAAAUCAAAAAAGAUUACUGGACAUGGUGCGUUGAAAGCGUUUUUGAGAUGCAUAGAAUCCUGUCUGAUGUAUAUCCUCAUGGAUCUCUGCAAAUUCGAAUUGCUUUGGCGGAUUAUUUGGCAAGGAUGUUGGACGCUGAAUGGACAACGGAUCUUAUCACACGUGCUGAGUUGGGAGAGCUUAUAGAGAAAACAGGAAAACCGUGUCCGGAAGACAUCGAUAUCGACUCAACCUGUGGGUGGCAAAUGGCUAUUGAAGCUCUUGCCGUGGAGUCGCCAGAGCAGAUUGAACACAAUUUUAACGCUCGUUUUAAUAUCAAAAAGCGAUCCGAUCAAAAUUCCGAAGUCGCUCGCGUAACAAAAGAAUUGAAUGACGAACCUGCAUCACCGGCUAUCGAAAACAAUGGGAAUUUAAUCAUUUAUACCCGAUAUAAGACAGAUGAGGAGAUGAUGGAAGCGAAAGAAGAAAUCGCCUCUCUUGUCAGCAGUGUGAACGCUAUUGCCAGUUCGGAAUCAAAUAGAACAUUCUGUCCAAUCACUUCACUUCGAGUGUUCAUUGUGAAUUUUUAUGGAGCAGAUGAAGAAUGCGCCGUCAAAACGCAUUCUUUGGAAGAAUAUCCAGAUCUUCCACUUCUAAAAUUUUGGGUCAUUUCAAGAAAAGCGUCUGACAUGUGUGUUGCAAUCCACUCUGUUCUUGUGGCUGCAUUCGACCUUAGCUCGACGACAGUAACAAAAAUACCGAUGAAAGAAGACAAUCGAGGAUCAACAAACUAUGAUGUCGAGCUGUUUCACUCUUCAAAAGUACAUGAGCAGUUGAAAGAGAAUAACUUGAUUGCGAGAGUGAGCGAAAAGGGCAAUGCCAAUAGUGGAGUCACUUACGACACAAUGAGGCUCACUUGGACGACAGCACCAAAAAUAAAGUGGACUUUAUUCCCAUAUCACGAUGAUGCAGUUCCCUGCACAACAGCUGUCGCCUAUUCUCGGCCUUCCGCAUGUCUUACACAAUUCGUUCGUGACGGUAGAUGUGUGAUGCUUGAUUCAGAAAAAACUAGCUUGUUGGGAAUGAACAUGCCGGAUAAAUUGGUUUCUCAUAUCCUAAUUGCAAACCGAGGACGGAUGUACAUUCUUGACAUCGAUUUCAUGCAAAAAAAAAUGAGAAGACUACAACGCCUUCGAGAGCUGAAACCUCCAAGACGUGUUCGCAUCAGAGAUCCUAUCAAUGUUCAUCAGUUGAAGCAUACUUUCAAGCAGAUAGAGUUCAAGAAGGUCGGCAAAAAUUUCCUAGAAGAUGAUAAUGUGGCUGAACAAAAAGGAAAACAACGGAAACGUCUCAAGACUUUAGACAUUCAGAAACGUUUGAGAUGUAUCACCAAAAACAUUCCAAUGUACCAAGAGGACACCUUCAUUUUCUACAGUGAUGAGGUCACUAAAAAACUGGAACCCUUGGUCACUAAAAUCACAAAAAGGAGGUUGACACCAGCGGACGUUCAGCAAUGCAACUCAAAAAUCAUGAAAUUGCACCAAAUGAGAGCGCUGAAGGAGUUUAUCGUUCCUGAAGACGCGGAUAUUGAUGCCUGUCUAGUAGAAGAUCUAUCGGAUCCAGAAGAACAGAUGAGAGUGGCUAUUGUGGAAUUAGCAAAGCAUUUGAUGAAGUAUUCGAAUUUCUCUGUCCGCCAUAAAGCAGUUUACAAGACAUUCAUGACGACUAUGGGUGCUGAUAAAUUAUUGGAGGUUGAUUUGGAAGACGAUGAAGCCAUUGACAAAAUGUUUGUGAAGCGCCCAUUUUUCAUGAAAACAAGGGGAGAUACUGAUGUAUCUUCCGAAUCUGAAUCAUCCGACACUUGUUCUUCAUGUUCAGAUGAGGAAGAGGAGGAAAUGGAAGAAGAUGAUAACAAAGAAGGAGAAGGAUCAGGACAUCGUUCCAGAAACAUGUUGAAAAGGUUUCUGAAAUACGCUGAUAGAGAUGGCUCACCAACUAUUGUCGACAAAUCGAAGAACGCGAAGCUGGAUGAGUUACUAUUCGAAUUAGCUAAAGAUAUCGAAUUCGAUCUUUUCACUAAUGUUUGCGAGAGAAUAGAGAAGAAGGAGGAAGGACAACGUCGGGAGUUCGUUGGAAGAGAAGCGCAUGGAAACAAGGCUCCACUUUAUCCACAACUCGCUGAAAAGUUCGAAAAUCCUGCCAGCCCAGCUGGCAUCGUUGACGGAUCAGAACGCCCCGAAAGAGCAGAAAAGUUGCCGGAUAGACCUGUAAGAAUUGAAAGAGCAGAAAGGACUGAAAAACUUCGGAAUCUGGAACGAGGAGUGCGAGGGGGAUCAGGAACUCCUCCGCCAUUACGUAGACCGCCGUUCAAUUAA